CCGAGCCGGCCGAGCCGAUCCGCAUUGUCAGUCCGCGCGUUUCAUGGAGGUGUAGGUGAACGUGACAAUGAAGUUUCAUGUGUUUGUUUCUAUCACGCGCCGCCCGAUGCGUGACACCUUCUCGAGCAGCAGUAUUUACCAAGCGUAUAACUUGUCCUAUUGUUACAAGUAACCAAAGGCCUGCUGAAACCAAGGAAGCAUGAGGAGCAGGAGCAACUCUGGCGUCCGGCUGGACUACUACCAGCGCCUGCUGUUCCGCACCAUCCUGAACUACCAGGAUCCCGUCACUGGCCUGAUCCCAUCCCAGAAGUAUGAGAACCAUGCAUGGGUGCGUGACAACGUCUACUGCGUGCUGUCAGUGUGGGCACUGUCCAUGGCAUACAAGAAGAAUGCGGAGCUUGACGAAGAUCGUGCCAAGACGUACGAGCUGGAGCAAAGUUGCGUCAAGCUUAUGCGUGGUCUGCUCAUGGCCAUGAUGAAGCAAAAAGACAAAGUCGAGCGCUUCAAGGAGAGCCUGAGCCCUGCGGACUGCAUUCACGCCAAGUACAGCUCUGUGACGGGGAGCACUUGUGUUGGUGAUGCGGAGUGGGGUCAUCUGCAGCUCGACGCUACUUCUGUGUACCUUCUGGUGCUGGCGCAAAUGACUGCGUCGGGCCUCCAGGUUGUGUUUAGUCUCGACGAGGUGGCGUUUGUGCAGAACCUUGUGUUUUACAUAGAGAACGCCUACUGCAUUCCAGACUAUGGCAUAUGGGAACGCGGAGACAAGACCAACCACGGACUUCCAGAGCUCAAUGCCAGCUCUGUGGGUGCUGCCAAGGCUGCCUUAGAGGCCAUGAAUGAGCUGGACUUGUUCGGCGGCAGAGGCGGACCACCUUCAGUCAUCCACGUGCUUCCAGAUGAAGCCCAGAAGUGUGAUGCAGUGCUCAACUCAAUGUUGCCGCGGGAGUCAAACUCAAAGGAAGUGGGUGCAGCAUUGCUAACAGUGAUUGGUUUUCCGGCAUUCUCUGUCACAGACCCUGAACUAAUCGAAACAACACGCACAGCUGUCAUUGAAAAGCUUCAGGGCCACUAUGGCUGUAAGAGGUUCCUGCGGGACGGUUACAAGACUGCGAGAGAGGAUUCUCGAAGGUUGCACUAUGAACCCUGGGAACUGAAAGCAUUUGACAACAUCGAGUGUGAAUGGCCUCUCUUUUUCUGCUACAUGAUCAUAGAUGCUUGCUUCCGGGGUGAUAAGGGCAUGGUGGACGAAUAUUCUGAAAAGUUAGAACAAGUUAUGAUAAGGACAGAGGAAGGUCUCAGACAUGUACCCGAGAUGUAUGGUGUACCAGCGGACAAAGUACAUCUGGAGUCUGAGACACCCCACAGUCAGGCCAGGGUGCCAGUCGGGCAGGUCCCGUACAUGUGGUCACAGUCUCUCUUCAUACUGGGCCGUCUUUUGCAGGAAGGGUUCCUUGCGCCUGGCGAGUUGGACCCACUGAAUCGUCGCCUGUGCUCCCUGAAGCGGCCCGAAGUUGUAGUUCAGGUGGUUUUGUUGGCUGAAGAUUCGGUCCUCCAGGAAAAGCUCUCGGCUAUCUCAGCAGACAUUCAAACUGUCACUGAGGUGUGCCCUUUUGAAGUGCAGCCUGCUCGAGUGUUGGGGGAGCUUUAUUCCUAUCUAGGCCGAAACCGCAAGCUUGGGCUUAAGGGUCGUCCAACCAAAGAUGCGGGCCUGUUGGCAACAAGCAAGCUCUACCUGCUCCAGGAUCGGCUAUUUGUCUUCUCGCCACAGAACUUGGACAGUGAAGAAUUUCACUUGGUGAAUGAUUUGGACCUAUUUGCAGACACACUGUGUUCAAACAUUUCUGUAUUGCAGUCUCACUGGAACAUCCUCGGGCGACCAACGAUGGUUGUGACACUUCAACAAAGACAGCUGGUUAAUGGGAAGGUUCCACUUAGCUUGCGCCAGACAAUAAAGAAGUUAUCCAGUGGCUACCUCAAUGGCACAAGAGUCUGCUUAGGCAGGCUUGGUGAUUUUAUUAGCACUUCCUGCAUUGCCAGUCUAGACUUUUUGAGAGAUUAUGAAGAUGGGAACCCAGACAGCCUGCCGACACAAGUGCGGGACUACCUGGACCGGGAAAUGCGGCGCACGUGGCUCAAUCGUCCCGGGGCCAUCAUGCAUUACCCUUUGCGCAUGGGCAUUCCAAGUGCUCGUUCUCGAAAAUCUGGUGUCGCCGGUCUUGUGAAACGCUCGCGCUCAAUCACCAGUCGGGAUGGUUUUGACCCCGAGUUCAACAUUUUCAUGUCGUCGUACCCAACCACAGCUGUAGCUUCCAUCACACCCCGUCGUGGGUCUCUCGAAGAGGAGGUUCCACUCCGGGCAAUGUCAGAGUUGCACCUUGACCAUGUUGCCGAGUGGGAGUUGCUAACCACCUUGCGCGAGACUGAUUCUCUGGAGGAGCAAGGGGACAUUCUUCACUACCUCUCUGUUCACAAGGGCCUCAACUGGGACACAGGACUGGGCCAGCCACACUCGGUGGUCACAGUUAAGGACCUCUUUCAGGACUUCUAUGAACGCACCUGCCAAGAACACAAGUGGGGGCUGGUGCGGCACUUCGCAAGCUGCCUUGGGAAGCGAGUUGAGGACCUGGCCAAGUCGGUGACAGAUCUCCUGGUGCGCCAGAAGCAGGUGACAGUUGGCAUGCCUGCACAACACGAGGAGGUCAUCACUCGGCCUUUGUCAAGCAAGGAGCUGCGAAUCAUUAUCGCACGCGCCCACAAGAAUGACCAGAGCACGGCCAUGCUGACACAGGAGCUGCUUGCCUAUUUGGCCAUGUUCAUACGAACGGACCCACACCUGUUUCGGGAGAUGUUGCGCUUGCGCGUCGGUCUCAUCAUCCAGGUCAUGGCUGCCGAGCUGGCUCGUGCAACAAAAUGCUCACCACAAGACACGGCCGACCUCCUUCUCAACCUCAGUCCCUUUGAGAUGAAGUCGCUGCUGCGGAACAUCCUGAGCGGCCGAGAGCUGACUGCUGUCAAGAGCAUAUCACCAGUUAGCCCGGGAAGCUUCGCCGCCAAGUGCAGUGUUGUGGAUACCUUUGUUCACGGAGACGUAGAAGAUGACUCACCGGUGUCUGACCGCCAGGGGCAAUGGCUACGUCGCCGGCGCCUCGACGGUGCCCUGAACCGCGUGCCCGUCGGCUUCUACUCAUGCGUCUGGCACGUGCUGGAGCGCUGUCCCGGCGUCUGGGCCGGCGGCGAGUGCCUUCAGCAAACGCUCACCAGGGAGAUGACUCCCGGGGAGUUCAAGUUUGCACUCCGCGUCGAAGAGAUGCUGAACAAGGUUCCUGAGCCCGAGUACAGGCAGCUGCUCGUGGAAGCCCUCAUGGUGUUGAGCCUAGUUGUCGAAAGCGAAGCCGUGGCAAGCUUCAGCAUGCCCAUCGACGUCGAGACCAUUGUCCAGAGGGCGCACGCCCUGUUUCUUGAGGACCAGCGCAUCUGCCGAGGGAACUCGAUGCUGUGCUGCACGGGUAGCACGCCUCUUGUUGCCUGCUGUCGGACAGCGGGGCUCUGCCAGCAUUUCCUUGACAGUGCACCCAGCGGCUGUUUCGGCACCAUGACGUACCUAGUUCGCUCGGUGGCCUACACACUCCACGACCUCCCGCAGUCUGUCCUGGAGUGUCCACUUUCGUGAGAUCCCGCUUGACUCGAUGCACAAGGACAAGGCCUUAUGUAGAGAUUGUCACAGCAAGUGUUAAGUUUGUAUUUGCAGGAAAAAUGCUUACCUUUCCUUUUAGUAGUUGUUAGUUUGUCACGACAUGCACAUUUAGGUCAACAAAUCCGAAGAAUUUCUUCGUGCUUGCCACCUUUGGCACAUAAAUCUUGUAUGGAGAUCUUGUUUGGUACUAUUUUGUUUUGCACAGUAAUAUAUACUAUAUGUGUCAUUGGUAUUUCUCUGGUCCAUGCAUCAGGUGCUAAGUUUCAGUGUCAGAUCACUGUAAUCUGCAGCUGAAGCACUGCAGGCAAUACCUGCACAUAUUUUUGUGUUGUCUUUCUUCAUUUCUGCUGCCUUACCCCACUCAUCAGGCCAGCUGCCACACUCCUAAAUUUUGAAAUCAUCAUUGGCAUUUGGCACAUGGCAUAUGCACCUUAAGCUGCUUUCGGAGGCAUCCAUGGAACUUGUUACAAUUCCUUAGAUGAAGAAGGUGGUGCUGCUGUGUUGUAUGCAUGGAAUCACCAGGAAGUAAGGGAGGUUUUAGGAUUACCAUCUUUAUUAGAGAGCCCGGAACAGGUAAACCAUCUUGAAGAUGCUUCUAGUGUAUUGUGUUUUGUCCAUCACAUUGGUUGAGUCUCUUCUGAAACAACUCCUAAAUGCUGUCCUUGUUAUAAUAUUACUAAGAGUUUUCGAUUAACAAAGUUUCCUAAUCAAAUCGAAUAUGAAUAUUCAAGAAAAAUAACCUUUGAUUAUCAUAACGAAUGUUGAAUAGUUUCUCAUUCCCCAAAAUGUGGAGGACGCUUAAGCUUCACCUUUAAGAGUGGAACGCGAUAGUACUCAAAGAUUCCUGACUGUCGGGCUUCCCGGCAAUCGCAGCUUUCUUUUUUCUGCACCUUUGCCUCGGCGCGCCGCCGCUGUAAAGCCCAUUUACCGCUGUUGAGCAGGCAAGCACCAUCUAGAUGGCGUUCUUGCAAGGACCACCGAUUGGGGCACGCCGCUGUAUCAGUGGUAGAAAUGCUGGAAAAGGGGUUUGUGUUCAAAUUUCCGCGUAAUAGAAUGAUGUUUUCUCAUAUAUUCAAAUUACAAUUCGACGCUAUCAUGCCUGUAGGUUGUGGUUAAGUCAUACUUUACGAUUUUU